AUGCGAGUCGCUCGUCUCUCGUUCCUCCUAUACUCCCUGUCCCUCGUGGCCGUCGUCGCCGGUCAGAGUACCGGUGUGACCGUGGGCGGAGGUGGAGGAGGGAACGGCAUCACUUCUGGGAAUGCUGCUCCCACCACCUCGGACGAUCCGCCACCCAAGACUUCGGCUCCAGAACCUACCGAUAGCGGCUCGACGACGAGCGAUCCGGGGCCUACAGCAACAAGCACAUCAGAAAAGUCAUCGAAGUCAGAAACGCCCUCGAACACAGAAAAACCCCCUCCAAAGACUACCGAAGAACCCACGAAACCAACGACACCCCCCAAAACCAGCGAUAAAGGAGAUUCUACCACAGACAGUGGCUCGAAGCCCACCUCGGACAAUACUGCAGAUACCUCCACAAAGACUACCCCCACUCCCGAUCCGAAGACGAUUACCACAAUGGUUACUGUGAGUGGAACGCCAGUCCAAACCACGUUAACCUCCACCCCUUCGGACCCGAGUGCUUCGACCGAGUCUCCAUCGCUCAAUGGGACCUCGGGGGAGAAGCAGAGCUCUGGUCUCUCGUCGAACCAGAAGAAUAUUAUCAUCGGUGUCGUGGUUGGUGUGGGUGGUGCCAUCCUGAUCGGUGCUCUUGGCGUGGUCGCUUGGAGGAUUCGGGCCCGCAAGCUCAGUGCCCGUGAGAAUGACGAAGUUACCGACCUCAUGAGUGGCACUGCUGUCGGUGCUGGGGCUCGAGAGAAAGCCCCCAGCCCGGGAGCCGGCGGAACGCCUUUCAAGAGCACGCUAGACCAAUACCAUAACCCGGGCCCGGUCAACGCCGCUUCGAACUUCUAA